CGGUGUGCUAGGCGAGCUAGAUCAAGCGCACCACAUGGGGCGGUAUGGUUGGGUUCCAUCUCAUAAUUUCCAGUGGUAGAUUUUAGCACCGUGCACCCAUGUCGGGUGAACUCAGCGUGCUGCGGGGACAUAAAUCGAGUGCAUCAUAGGAGGGAGAACGUGAAGUCAUCGAGACAUUCAUUGGCCUAUGCCUCUGUCAAUCAAAUAUGCCUUCGUACUUCCGGUAUAUAUUGCGGGAAAGUUGAUCUAGCGAGAAUCACAUUUGAUUGGAUUACACUACAAAAUAGAUAUAUAUCUUAUAUAUUAGGACCAAAUGUCGAGAACAUUAGAAGAGGUACAGGCUACCCUACAAAUCGCCAAACUAAAAGAGAAUGAUUUGCAGAACACAAUUCACUGUUUAACUUUCGGAGAAAGCAUCUCGUCCGGAGACUACUGCCUGAUGGAACUGGAUGACGCGCUCUGUAAACACAUAGAAGCAGGAAAGAGGUAAAGUAUCUGCAUAGUUACAAUGUAGCUAAUUCAUCAUAAAUACACAGUUAAGAGAUUAAACACAGUUACGUUAAUAGACAUAGCUAGUUAUGUUAAUAGAAAGUUUGCCGUGAGUUGUCUCUUCUAAACAACCGUACUAGGUGACUGGUUGGUUGGUUCACGCGAGAUUUUGUUCUGGGUUCAGAGCUACUGGAUGUCUGCAUGCUUUUGCUCCAACCCUGCUCUAACACACCUGAUUCUACGAUUGAUCUGAUCAGGACCUUGAUAAGCUGAAUCCCGUGUGUUGGACCAAAGCAGGGAUGGAUCAAAAGGCUGUACACCCUCUAGUCCAAUAUUGGACUAAAGGAGCCUAAUGUUACUCCUUAGUCCAAGGACCUUACAUCCGGAAGCCAAAACAGCCAAAUACUCAAACUAAACGUGAAUCGAUUCACAAUUGCGGUACGGUUCUAGAAAUAUAAAUCACUCUACUUUCAUAUCACAUUUAGAGGGUUCGAUCCCCGGGACCACCCAUACACAAAAAAUAAUAAUGUAUGCACGCAUGACUGUAAGUCGCUUUGGAUAAAAGCGUCUGCUAAAUGGCAUAUUAUUAUUUAAAAAAUAAUUUCACAAAUGCAAAAUACACACUUACUGUACACUGUUUUAACCGGUUUUAAAACAGUUGCAGCCAACAUUAUUUUUCAGUGACAACACGUUUGUGGCGUCUGUCUUCUGUUUACACACAGGUGUUGGGAGACACAGAUAGCUAAUUAGCACAGGUAGUCUGCUCUGUCUUCCGUCUGUUUUCCGUAAACAAGCGCUGAAACAUGGAAAUAUGGCAUGUGGAACCCUAACCCUAUAAAUGUGUAUUAAUUGUACCUUUUUUUGUUUUUUUGAAAAUAAUUUCUGGCCGAUAUGAAAGAUAAGGAGGUCCGUAUGCUUCCAGAACGGUACUGCAAGAGAUGGGUUAAUAUUCAGACAGAGUCAUGGUCCUUAUUUAAACUCCCCCUACAGAAGACGCCUUCAUCCAAGCGAUGCGGGUUAAUGUUCAGACAGAGUCAUGGUCCUUAUUUAAACUCCCCCUACAGAAGACGCCUUCAUCCAAGCGAUGCGGUUAUUUCAGACAAUCAGGUCCUUAUUACCCCCUACAGAGACCCUUCAUCCACGAUGUUGAUGUAAAUGGAACUGAGAGUCAUGAUCAAGGGCUACCCACCCACUACCUGUAUUGGAGGAGAUUUGUCCAGCCCUGGUGUAACAACUCAUCCAGCUGUUGCCAUCUUUCUCCUCUACGCUCUCAUUAAACAGUCCUCUACACGUCAACCUUAAACAGCCUCGUCCUUAACCCAACGUCAACGUUAAACAGUCCUCUACACGUCAACUUAAACAGCCUCUACACUCAUUAAACACUAAGUCAACUUAAACAGCCUCUACACGUCAACCGUUAAACAGCCUCUACACCUACAACGUCAACUUAAACAGCCUCUCUACACGUCAACCUUAAACAGCCUCUCUACACGUCAACGUUAAACAGCCUCUACACGUCAACGUUAAACAGCCUCUACACGUCAACGUUAAACAGCCUCUACACGUCAACGUUAAACAGCCUCUACACGUCAACGUUAAACAGCCUCUACACGUCAACGUUAAACAGCUCUCUACACGUCAACUUAAACAGCCUCUCUACACGUCAACCGUUAAACAGCUCUCUACACGUCAACUUAAACAGCCUUACACGUCAACGUUAAACAGCUCUACACGUCAACUUAAACAGCCUCUACACGUCAACGUUAAACAGUCUCUCUACACGUCAACGUUAAACAGUCUCUCUACACGUCAACGUUAAACAGUCUCUCUACACGUCAACGUUAAACAGCCUCUACACGUCAACAUUAAACAGUCUCUCUACACGUCAACCUUAAACAGUCUCUCUACACGUCAACCUUAAACAGUCUCUCUACACGUCAACCUUAAACAGUCUCUCUACACGUCAACCUUAAACAGUCUCUCUACACGUCAACCUUAAACAGUCUCUCUACACGUCAACCAUCUCAACAAUCUCUCUCCUUUAUCCUUGUUCUCUGCUGCAGCCUUGUUAUCAGAGGAGACCAGGAUGAGAGAGCUGUCCUGUGCAGUGAAGACAAGACUUAUGACCUGAAGAUAGCUGACACCUCCAACCUGCUGCUGUUAGUACCUGGCUGCCUGACUCCAGAUCAGCUGACUACUGACAACCAGGCCAGCUCUCAGCUGGUCCAUGCACAGGUAGAUGUCUAACAACUCUCUGAACACAAUGAAUGUCUCUUGUGUGACAGCCAUUUUGAAAAUCACUGAUCUGGACUUGAACGUCUGUACAGUAGAUAUUAAGUUAACGUGUUUACACACGCACACUAAAUAACUAUAGACAUUAUAACACAGUGAGUUCAUUGUGAUGCAUUGAGAUAUAUUAUAUGUUUUUCUAAUGCACUGUGUUCACCUGCGCAGUGGCUACAUCAUUCAAUGUUCUCAGUACUGUACGACUUUCCCCAAAUGUUACACACCAACAACACUCCAGUACCUACAGAAUGUUGUAGUGUCAAAUAAUAUGAUGAAAUGUAUACGGGGCUAAAAAUGCCCUUUUUUCCCGCCAGAUUUGGGGCUUUUCUAACAGUUACUGGGAGUUGAGAAAGACGCAUCCCAGGCUAAAGAAGCUGAAGAAACUUCUGAUGGAGAAUCCGUACGAAGGCCCAGUUAUCAGUGGGCAGGAGGAUGUCACAGAGGGGAAGGUACUUAUUAACUGUACAAUAUAAUAAUAUAUGCCAUUUAGCAGACUCAUUUAUCCAGGGUAGCUAGGUAAGACAACCACAUAUCACAUUCAUAGCAAGUCAAACUUUUCAUCAAAGCAACUAUCAGCAAAGUCAGUGCCCCUAAGAAAAGACAAGUGCAGCUGUUAGUGGAAGAAAGGCCAGAACAUGCUAGAAGAUCAUCUCUAUUGUGGAACUGUGCACUGAGUGACACUGAGUAAAAUAAACCUAUGGAUUCUUGAUGAUUGCCUCUAUGCUAACUUUCUCUGUUUUUUAAACGUUUCCUUUUGGUAGUACACUGUCCCGUGUGGCUCAGUGGCGCUUGAAAUGCCAGAGUUGUGGCUUCGAUUCCCAUGAGAGACCAGUACGAAAAAAGUAUAGAAGUGUAUGCACUCACUACUGUAAGUCGCUCUGGAUAAGAGUGUCUGCUAAAUGACUCAAAUGUAAAAUGUAGUACACUAUGGGAGACCUGCUUGAUAAAACGUAUCCUUUUGGUAGUACAAUAUGGGAGACCUGCUUGAUAAAACGUAUCCUUUUGGCAGUACACUAUGGGAGACCUGCUUGAUAAAACGUUUCCUUUUGCCAGUACACUAUGGGAGACCUGCUUGAUAAAACGUUUCCUUUUGACAGUACACUAUGGGAGACCUGCUUGAUAAAAUCCAAGCAAGCGAGGAAGAACUGGAGACCCAACUGCAGACUAUUCAUGCCUGUGAGGUCAACGGUAAAAAUGAUUCUCAGCUCUUCCAAAUGUUUAUUUUCUCACAAUUUCCAUUUAGAUAUGUGAUCUACUGUAUGUGGUUUGUGUCUAUUCAUUAAAGAACAUGCUGGCCUUGGUGUAUCCACAUGUAUGAUGAUGUGUUUGUUUGUCCUGUGCUCUUUCACAUAUUCCCCUCUUGUGUACUCCAGGCUACUGGAGGCUGUUGGAUUUUGACUAUGAGAUGAAGUUACUGGGUCAUGUCACUCAGCUGGUGGACUCGGAGUCCUGGUCCUUCAGUAAAGUCCCUCUCAGCGUCAGUCUGAAGGAGUUAGGAUGUCUGGAGCCACAGUAGGUGCAGUUAGUCAACAUUACAGCAUUGAAAGAAAUGGGUAACAACAUGGUCAAGUGGAGGGUAGUUUGUUAGUAAUACUUUAGUAGGUAGGUAGUCAUCAUGUUACAAGCUCUGUCAAAGGCCACAUCUGACUGAAGGCUCAGCACAACGCAUAUCUGAAAUGUGCAUCGAACCGACGUGUUCGGAAGCUCUGUUCUUUUGCAUGUAAUCAUCAUGAAAACAUUAAAGUGUGCAUGUAUGUGGGGUGGGGAAUACAUGUAUUUCUUUACUCACCCAAACCCCUUCUCCUGCCCAGGGAGAUGAUAGAGCAUAGCUUGAACUGUUAUGGAAGGCGCUACACAGACGGCGGUAAGUAAGAAACUACUGUCUAUUGUCCGUUUUCUGUUUUUAAUGCUUUGGUGUGCUGUAGAGUGACACAGCCCAACUACCUGUUCCCUCAUGCAAUAUUUCAGCUCUUCGCAGCUAUUUCACUGAUAAUAAACGCAAAUGUCAUAUUUUUCAGAUGAGGUGUUCUUUGCGCUGAACGAGGACAAGGUGUGCAGAGCCACUGCUCAGAUGCUGCUGCAGAACGCGGUAAAGUUCAACCUGUCAGAGUUCCAGGAGGUGUGGCAGCAGAGUGUCCCAGAGGGCAUGGGCACCAGGUUGGACCAGCUGAAGGUGAGGAGGGGGGGCAAGACUGGCAGCGCAGACGGAUGGGCCAGUUUUCCAGACACAGAUUAAACCUAGUCCAGAAAAUGUAGGGAAAAUGGCGCCGCACAGCUUCCAGAAAACAGUUGCUUUCAAACUAGGGAUUCUGUGGCUAAUUGAGGUAAGGUAGUUUUUCUGCUCAUAGAUUGUGCAUGUAUGAACUACACAUUGACACAUCCAGUCCAAAUCAGGAGGUUUUAAAAAAAGACUUGCUAGUCACCAAAGUUCCAGAGCAUGUCUUUAACAGACACACUUUUUUUUUUUUUUUUUUACAUCUGGACUAGACUAUUCUCAGAUUCUACUGCAAAUGAUGUCAUAAUGCAUGUUUACGUUUUCGGCAUUACAGCAAGCUUCAUUUUAGCUGCAGCAAUAUGGUAAUUACACAUUUAAAGACGUGAUGGUUGUUGGCAGACAUGAUUACACGAUUAUCCAGGUGGAAUAUGACCAGAUUGUUAUGGGUUUCAAAACAGAGUCUAGCCCUUGUGGACCGCAGCACCAAACCAGAGACCAUAUCUCUGCUGAGAGUGGAAGAUCUUCCCGAGGACACACUGGAGAGAUUCACCCAUCUCUUCACCAUGAGAGAGAAGUGGACCGAGGAGGACAUCACCCCUUACAUACAGUGAGUACAACUGAGCAUCAUAAUGACAGUUGUCUCUGUACUGUACAAUAAUUACUAUUAGAGAUUUAGACUUGUGUGCCAGAUGUUUGUGGUGUCCCCUGUAGCUCAGUUGGUAGAGCAUGGCGCUUGCAACGCCAGGGUUAUGGGUUCGUUUCCCACGGGGGGGCCAGUAUGAAAAUGUAUGCACUCACUAACUGUAAGUCGCUCUGGAUAAGAGCGUCUGCUAAAUGACUCAAAUGUGUUGGUCCAACUUUCUUGCUUUAUCUGGAAAGCUUGGUUUACCCUCAUACUGAGUGACGAUUCUCUGUAAUGUGUUAACAAUGAUUGAUCCUUGAUAAUUUAUUUUCCUACAGGGACUUGUGUGGAGAAAAGCAAACGACUGGAGCUCUUCUCACCAAAUACGCUCGUUCGUCCACGCAAAAUGGAGUAAAAGUCUUCAAUUCAAGAAGACCAGUGGCAACAUGAAGACGCUUAGAUAUCUUAAUUGACGAGUAAAGUUGUUUUGAAUCAGUGUAUUGUAUUUGUUAAGAUGUUGUAAUAAAAAUCGAAUGUUUUGUAAUUAUUACAUACUUUGUGUUUUUUUCCCUCUCACCUCUGUAUGUUUUGUUUUGGUCAUCAGACAACAGCCACAAUAUGGUCCUUUAGUGACCUCUAGUGGCAAGAGGUAGACCGGCAGUGACCAAAAGGCUUUCAAACUAUAAUUAUCC